AUGCUCUCUGAUUUCACAGCCGCGUUUGAAAUUUCGCAGUUGCUCGAAUGUGGACUUGACAAGGAAUGUCUAUCCAUACUCGUUGCGCUAUGCGAGAAUGAGAUAAACUCUGAAGCGUUGGUGACAGUGGUAUAUGAACUGCGGCGCGAGGCAGCGGUAUUCAGAGGAGAACUCAACUGA